AUGGAGUUCGCCCUUCUCCGGCGUUUCGCCCCGCGCCUGGGAAUCACGGAGCCCGACGUGCUGAGGAAAGCAGAGGAGUACUUACGACUGUCCCAUGUGAAGUGUGCUGGCCUGGCUGCACAUACCACGGAAACCAGCAAUACCGUUAUGUGCCUGGACCUCGCAGCUUCCUGCAUGAAGUGCCCCUUGGACAGGGAUUAUUUAAUUAAACUUUCUGGUUUGAACAAGAAGUCUUAUCAAUGUCGUCUUAAAUCUUUUGAAUGUUUGCUGGGCCUGAAAUCAAAUGUUGGAAUAAGAGAUCUAGCUGUACAGUUUAGCUGUACUGAAGCAGUGAACAUGGCUUCGAAGAUACUGCAAAGCUAUGAGUCCAGUCUUCCACAGACACAGCAGGUUGAUCUUGACUUAUCGAGGCCACUUUUCACCAGUGCUGCAUUAUUGUCAGCAUGCAAGAUUCUAAAGCUAAAGGUAGAUAGAAAUAAAAUGAUAGCCAUAUCUGGUGUUAAAAAAGCCAUCUUCGAUCGACUAUUUAAACAGUUGGAGAAGAUUGGGCAGCAGAUUGAUGGAGAAUCUCAAGAUUUAGCUACUCCACCACAGAAGAAAAAGAAGACAGUGUUGGAACCCACCCCAAAAGAAAUGGAGAAGCCAGAGAUUCCACAUACACUGCAGAAAGAUGAAGAUCUGACACAAGAUUAUGAAGAGUGGAAAAGGAAGAUUUUGGAAAAUGCUGCCAAAGCCCAAAAGGCUGUCGCACAGUGA